AAUGGAGUUCAUGGAGCAUUGCAAACUUGACAAUAGGCGCGAAGGGUCUGAUAUUCACGCGCCACAUGCAACCUUCAGCUGGGCCACACAGAUGCUCCGUUCGGUGUUGGGGGUUUUCCUCUUCUGCGUCGGAUCAUUCUGCUACGCCCUGCUGGGCAUCCUUUCGCAGCUCUCCAAGUCGCCGGAUGGGUCCUACGCGUAUUCUCUCCCAAGUGUGGUGCUGCUGGCUGAGAUCACAAAACUUGUCAUCAGUUUCUGCUUGCUCACAGCCCGGAUGGGCGGUGUCUACCAGGCCCUACAGGAUGUUCUCCGAACCUCUCCAAAGUCAUGGUUGGCCUUCGCCUUCCCUUCAGCUCUCUAUUCGUUGAACAACAAUUUAGAUAUGCUGAACAACCAGCACAUGGACCCUGCGACUGAGCAGGUUUUGGUUCAGGCAAAGAUUCUGACCACUGGGCUUGUGUGGUGGUGGGUCUUUGGCCGGGAGAUGGGCUUCCGCAAGUGGUGUGGCCUUCUUCUUCUCUUCCUUGGCGCAGUUUCCGCCGGCUGGCCUUCAGAUUCAACACUGGGAAAGAGGAUGCAUAUCGAUUCCUUUGGUGUUGUCCUCGUGAUCCUCUACGUUUGGGUAAGUGCCUCUGCAGGGGUGUACAAUGAGUGGCUCUACAAGGGAAUUGGCAAAGAUGACAACAUCCACACGUGCAACAUUCGCAUUUAUGUCAUCGGGUCGGCAGUGAACCUCGCUGCCCACCUGUCCCACAAACCCGUGAUGAGCAGCCUGUUCUCCUUGACAGAAGGCUACAACCAAUACUGUUGGGCUCUGGUGGUAACAUAUUCCUUGAUGGGCCUGCUCCUUGCACAGGUGAUGAAGUUCUUCGACAGCAUCGUGAAGCUCUUCAUCUCAGGGUCCUCCAUGUACGUGUCCGCAGUGCUCAGUGGGAUGAUCUUUGGCUAUACGCCUACCUGGAACUUCUUGGCGGGCAUGGCCCUGGUCACCUUCGCGAUGGUCCUGUACAACCUUGAGCACAUCAAGCUGUUCUUGACAAAGCCGAAAGAACAGUGACAAAGGUUUGCUCCGGGAUUGAUCCGUGCGAUUUGCUUCCGAAAA